AUGAAUAUAUCAAAGUCCGACACAGAUUUUGUACUGGAUCUUUUUCAACAUGUUCCACCUUCACAUGUUGCCUUAUUCUUACGUCUUAUUCGACUCUAUCCAAUGAAUGUUGUCGAUGAUUCUAUGAAACGAGAACAAACUAUUCUGGCUAUUAUCAACGAGACCAUUAGUACUGAUUAUAAGGUCAGUAUUUGGCCAAAAAUUAUGUCUAUUAAUCGGAUACCAGAAUUAGCUGAACAAGUUUUACUUAGUAAUGAGCAUGAACGUUUAUUAUCAGCAAUUGCAAAGUUACAACUUAGGUUCGAACUUCAGCCUCAUCGUUUUCUAAUUCAUCAACUGAUUCCGACUUGGACGACGUGCUUUAUAUGUCACAAUCGAUUAGAUGAACCCAAAUUUGAUGAAAUUAGUAGUAUUAUUACACGUGAGAAUGUUUAUUCUUGUGUCAUGUAUAAAAAUGAAUGCUGUGAUCUUAUUUACAAGUACGGUCAUGUACGUAAUCGUCGGACGCGAGAACGAUUUGUAACACCUGAUAUGAUUUUCAACCAAAAGUUUUUACAUUUAUUUGAUCAUGUGGUGUAUGAACGUCAAUUAUUAGUUGCAUUUACAAAUCUAUUUCACGAAGCUGCAACAAGUUUUCAAUCUUAUUCAAAUGCAACGAAUUCGAAUAUUGAUCAAAAUCGAAAUUCCAAUGGUGAAUCUGUAACAUGGACUUGGUUUGAAAUAUGUCGUUAUCUAUUUUUCAUGACAGAUCUGACUAUGAUACAAAUUCCAGAUGUUAUUCAGCGAUUAUCACAUGAUUUAUAUUAUGAAGUGAAUGCAACAUUCUUUUAUGAAUUAUUUGUUAAAUUCUGGUCUCAUCACAAUCAAGUACAAAGUUGCCAAUGCCAACCAAAAGAUAAAUGUAUGCUUAAUUUUGUUUUUGACACGCAUAUGAAAGCUCAUCGGUUAGUAUGUGCAUAUACUAGCUCCUGUGAUGAAUCAAUACCCGAGCUUGGUGCGGUUGCUGUGGGUUGUCCUCGUAUGCCACUUCGAUCUUCAUCAGCUCUGUUGAAAAAUAUGACUAGUACAAAACAAGACAAAUGUAAGCAAUACUGUGAACUUCAUUAUAAAUAUGGUUUGGAACUGAAUAUGCCACAAAAUCUGAAUAUUAAAAAAGCACUUGAACUUGAUCAACUUGCUGAAGAGUUUGAUGACAAUGAUAUAUGUACUGUUCAUCGUGAUAAUGAUGAUAGAGAACAUAAACGACGAACAGCAGGAUUCAUGGCUAUUGUUUCUAAUUGUAAUGUUAUCAUUGGAUGGGGUGAAAGUGAGCAUUUAAUUGAACCAUUAGAUCAAUGUCGUCCUUCAAAUAGAAAUUUAUCUUCACAAGAAAUUUCUCAUCAGGAGCAUUUAAUUGAACCAUUAGCUCAAUGUCAUCUUUCAAAUCGAAAUUUAUCUUCACAAGAAAUUUCUCUUCAAGUGUUUAAUGAUGAUGGUGAUAAAAAAAAAGAACGUUUGGUUGAACCAUUAGAUCAAUUUCAUCGUUCAAAUCAAUUUUUUGCUUCACAAGAAACUUCUCAUCAAGUGUGUUAUGAUGAUGGUGAUGAAAAAAAAGAGCAUUUAAUUGAACCAUUAGAUCAAUGUCGUACUUCAAAUCAAUAUUUAUCUUCACAAGAAAUUUUUCUUCAAGAACUUUUGGCUGAACCAUUAGAUCAAUUUCAUCGUUCAAAUCAAUAUUUAUCGUCACAACAAACUUCUCAUCAAGUGUGUUAUGAUGAUGGUGAUGAAAAAAAAGAACUUUUGGUUGAACCAUUAGAUCAAAUUCAUCGUUCAAAUCAAUAUUUAUCUUCACAAGAAAUUUCUUUUCAAGUGUGUAAUGAUGAUGGUGAUGAAAAAAAAGAACGUUUGGUUGAACCAUUAGAUCAAUGUCGUCUUUCAAAUCAAUAUUUAUCUUCACAAGAAAUUUUUCUUCAAGUGUGUAAUGAUGAUGGUGAUAAAAAAAAAGAACGUUUGGUUGAACCAUUAGAUCAAUUUCAUCGUUCAAAUCAAUUUUUUUCUUCACACGAAACUUCUCAUCAAGUGGUUAAUGAUGAUGGUGAUGAAAAGAAAGAACGUUUGGUUGAAUUAUUACAUGAUUCUAAUCUUUCGAAGAAGUCUUUGGAAUUGAUAGCAGUUUCUAUGGUAAACUUUUGUCAACAAUCUUUACAGAAUGAAUUAUUUGAACGAACAAGUGGAUAUGUACAGCCGGUCACAUAUUCUCAUUUACAGCAAGAUGCUGUGAGAGAAUUUCAUCAAAAGUCUUUAGAUAGUGAAUUACUUGCAUCAGCUUGUCGAUCUCAUCUGUCUAGUGAUAUGUCUUGGCAAGAAAGUCAUUCUAUAAAUGAAUCUUUCGAAGAUCAGGAACAGAAACGAUCAAUUCGAAUCUAUGGCUCGGAUUAUGAAAAAAAGUCUGAUUAUACACGUGAACGUUUUUGUUUGUUUAAUAAAGAGCAAAUACGAGUUGAAGAAGAUUGUGUUGGUGCGCAGUUAAAGAAAAAAUCUGUUGUACAUAAACAUCUUUCUCGCCAAGAAAUUGAGAAAGAAAUUAGUAAUAUGAUCAAAAAUAUUUUGGCUUUGAUUGAAGAUAGGGGCAAUGAAACAUUAUUCAUAGCAGAUGGCUAUUGUCAUCUUGAUAUCUUGUUUGACAAACUAAAUAAACCCAAUCAAUCAAUAUCUGAAUAUGUUUAUUAUAAUGGUCAACUUUAUAGUUAUGGCAUGGAUAUGAAAUACAUUGUUCAAGUAUAUUCUACUCCACAUCACAUAAGUCCCGGUAAAUAA